AUGGAGCUGUACCUCAGCGCCUGCUCCAAGACUGCCGAAGCUGCCACCAAGAUGGCCACCAGCCGUCUGGCUGCGGAGAGCCAACAGUGUGGAGACGGCACACACAGAACCCACUUUCCAGGGGUCGGAGCAGCUCAACUACUGGAUCUACCUCUUGGGGUCAAGUUGCCCGUGAUCCCAGGAAGCAAUACUGUGCUGUAUACUACGAGUUUAAGUGAAAGGCUCUUUCGACCUUCUUGUGAUUUUAACCUGACUGAUCCUUACUGUCGACUUUUGGAAAACCAGUAUAAAAGCCUCCAUGAUCCACAUUUAAGAGCAUACUAUAAACGUAAAGAUAUCCUGAGGAGGUUAAAGAAAGGUGGCUACAUCACAAGCAAUAAUAAAAUUGUAUGUUCCUUGAGGGAAUGGAAUAAGUAUAGGCAAUAUCUUACCAGUUUAAAAUUAGAUUUUGAAAGAAACUAUGUAAGAGAACAAAAAAUGCUUGCAAAAAGAGUGAAUAAACUUCAAUACAAUCCCCACAUUCCUGAAUGUUUUGAUGUAACACAGUUCCAAAAUUGGUUGUUACAGGAAGGCACCCAAUCUACUAAGGACCAAGAACGGUUAUUAAGGCACAGAUAUUUGGAUAUGAUAAGUAGGGAAUUAGAACUACUUGAGCGCACAGCAGAAGAGCAACGUCUACUCCAGAGGGAAAAAGAAGAAAGACGACAGCGGGAGCAUGCAAGAAAAAAACUUACUCUUCGAAGAAAAAUUGAAGAGGAAUGGAAAGCAAAAGAGAUGUUACUUCUGACACGGAUUGGAGAAGAUGUUAGAAGAGAAGCUAGAAUUGAAGAACAACGGCGUAAGAGCAGAGAAGAGAGUGACCGGAAGAAACAUGCCCUUAUAGAGAAAAAAAUGGCUUAUCAUUUACAAAAAAUGCAAGAGAUUGGUGAUAGAAAAGAAGAGACGGAAAGAAAUACAUUUGAAUACAGGGGACAAGACGGAACAUAUUGUGAAUGUAAGAACACUGAAAGAAAAAUAGAUAUGUAUAUGAUUGUUUAUGCCUGGAUAUAAGACACAUUCAAGACUUGUCAUGGUUGUACAACACAUAAUGUUCACCAUUCUCAAAUUAGUUCAAUGAAUGCUCUCAAAAAAGCAGCACCUUCAGUUGUUCAUCAACCAGAUGUACAGGGUAGCAGUACAGAACAAAAGAAUGAUGGAGAGAUAACUAAAAACUCAAAUAUUUUUGAUAAUACAGGUGCUAUUAACUUCUCAGCUCAAACUCCAGUUAUUUCAGCUCAAACUUCACCCACAAAAAAUGUUUCCAAACCUUCACAGACUUUUGUGGAUCAUUCAAAAGAAGAAAGGGAGAUAAAUGCUGAUUUGAAAGAAAGACCAGCCAGGAGAUUAUGCUGUUUCUGUCAAUCAGGACCUCAGAUUAAUACUACAGCCCAGGAUAUUUUCUCUUCUCAUGUUCUCUCAAAUACACAACAGAACCUCCUACAAAAUUGCUUGCACAAAAAAAUAACUUCUGAAGAACUGAAUAGUAUAAUUCAGAAUAUAAUGACCUGGGUUGUUGCUACAGUGACUAGUAUAUUAUAUCCAGCUAUCACAAAGUAUGAAGAAAGAUUGCAAAAUAAUACACACCCAGUGUCCGAUGACUCUGUCCUCUCUUCAGAUAGUUCAAGUUUCUGUAGCACUUGCAGUGAAGAGUUUACAUACGGAAGCUACACAUCUGCAACAACUAAAACUUUUCAAACAGAGCCCUAUACGUUGGUAACUGACAUAUCAGUACAACAACCAAGUAUACCUUUAAACCUUCCUUCUGCUUGUAUGGAAAGAACAUUUAUAGAAAAAACAUAUCACAGGAAAAGGCAGUCUGUAACAUCUGAACUUAAAUAUAAUAAAGCCCGAGUGAGAUAUGCAUAUCCUAAGAUCAGAAGCUGUAAAUCUGAUAGUCACCUUCUGGCCUCAUCUGAAACAAGCACAAAAAUUUCUAAGGAUGCUACCACUGAAACAGAUAACUUAGAGAGUCCACUAUUUUCUGAACAAAAAUCAAAAGCCAUAAACGAGUUGAAGAAUUUAAAGAAUGUUUUUGUUAAUUUUAAAUGUCAUUUAAAAGGGGAAACUGAAUUGAUUUUAGAAAGCAUUUUUCAAGAAAUUAUGUCUGAUUUAACCCAGGCCAUUCCCUCUCUUUCUUCUGUUACGGCCGAAGUUUUUGUUCACCAAUGUGAAGCUGACAAAAGAGACUUGCUCUCUGAUGUUGAUAUCUGCUCAGUAGCUGCUGAGAUUGUGGAAAACAUGCUUGAGAAGCUACAGUAUGCAGUUGAGAUAAAAUGUGAUCAGAUGUUUUCACAAGAAGACUUUAAACCAGACCACAUUAAACCAGACCCAGCAACCAGUGGAGAAUAUUUUACUUCAUCAAAUGAAAAACCUUUAGAACCUUCACAGCCUUCACAGCCUUCUACUUUGGAACCCAUGUGUGAUAUUGCAGAGGAUAUGGUGCAUGCCAUUUUAGAAAAGCUGAUAAUUCUUGCAUCUUGUAAGCAAAAUGAACUUCCUCAUCUUGAAGAUAAAACUAAACAUUCCUAUCAGCAACAUAUGACAGACCCAACAUAUAUUUUUCCUCAAACAGCUGACAAGAAGAAAUCUUGUACUGAACCUGAUGAGGCCAAUUUAACUGUCAAAGAAGAAAUAAAAAAUUUAAUGUCAAAUAUUUUUUCCCAGUCCUCUCUGGUUGGUUUUGUAGAGGAGGCAAUUAGCACUAUACUAGGCUAUGUACAAACUGAACUUAACAAUGAGAGACUUAUUGCAUCUGAAGAAACAGUGGAACUUCUUCAGGUGCUUGAUGAUAUUUUUACUCAGCUCCACCAGAAGUCAGUAAAAGCAGGUGCUCCAAGGAAAAAAUGCUCCAGGCCAAGAAAUUUUCCUAACACUGAGGAAAAGUAUAGACUCACUGGCACUAGAAUAUCUAAUAGACAUAGGUCUGGAAGACCAUUUUCACCUGUUAAUGUUCCUGGCAUGGUCCUUUAUUCUGAAGAUGAUAAUGAAGAAAUAGACAAAAUGGUGAAAAAUGUACUUGAUUCAUCUUUCAAAGAUGAAAGAGCAAAGUUACAAAAAGAGAUGACUGACCAUUCAUUUACAAAGGGAAAGACUUGUUUUGAAUACAAAACAAAUACCAAACCACCUACAAAGACUGCUUCUCGAUGCAAAGUUGCAUUUGGUGAUUGGGGAUUGAAGAGUGAUCUACCUUCUUUUAAUAAUAAGGAUCUCAUAAAGGGCAAACCUUGCUUGAAUAAAGACAUUUUGAUUUUCAGCCAAGACCAAAAACAUCAAAUACAAAAGGCUUCAGAAAUAACACUGAAAAGUAUUUUAACAGAAAUGCUCAAAGACAUACCUUUUUUUCCUCUUGGUUACUUAGAUAGUAAAAAUGCCAAAGACUCUUCAGUCCUUGCCUCAGGAAAACCUCAAGGAUUAUCACAUCAAGAAUGGAUGGACCAGAUGUUCUCUGUGUCAGAAAUUAGUACUGUGGCUCAAGACAUAACAGAUGCUAUGUUAAAUAUACUUCAUAAGGCGUCAAGCUACAUUACCAAUACCACCAAAGGCUCCAUUUCAUCAUCAAUCCAUCAAAGUUCCCUAGACAGUUCUGAUACUCCCCACGUGCCCAAAAAAGCACCAAAUAAAAAGCCAUUAAAAAUAUGGUUUGACAGUGAAAAGAAAGUAAAAUAUUUAUCUUCACUCAACAUAGAUCCUGCAAAGCCUUGCAGGUUAGAAACUGGAAAAAGUGAUCCUGAAUCUGUAGAUGACAUUAAUGAUAUAAUUAUUAAUACAGUUUUUAAAAAACUGAAGUUAUUUGUUUGCCCAAAAUUACAAAUGGGCUUCAAACCUUCACCUACAAAGCAACCUUCAUUACGAUCUCAACUCACUGCUUAUACAACUAAAGUGGUAAAGAUUGUUUUGCGUGCUAUACAAAAUGAACUAGAACUUGACAAGAAAAAGCUAAAUCCUAGGGAGAUAAACCGUACCAGAACCUUUAUAGGUAAAGGAAUUUUUGCUGACACCGAUAAGAAAUUAGAAUCUCUUGACACAAAUAUCAGUGAUGACAUUAUGGCAAGUCCCUUAGUAACUUGUAUUUGCAAUAUAUUAUCAAGUCAAAAUGCAGAUGAAAGCAAUGUUCUACUGCCUGCAGAUAAGCUAAGACCUGAAACUUCAUAUAGAUCUGACAAUAUUGAGAAACAAAACAGUUUGCCAAGUAGCCAGGAUAAAAAAUCUAACUUCACUCAUCUUCCUAGUGUGCAUGGGGCAAUGCCCUCUGAAAUUCACAAAUGUUUAGGUACUCCAUGUACUCUCCAUAGUGUCUUUAGUGGAAAGGAUCUCAAAGAAAAUGCUAGAUUGAAAGUGUUAGAUUGCAUUGGAGAAACCCUAUAUGAAAUGUUAUGCAAGCUCAUAAAAGCCCACGCUCAUUCUCUACCAGUGGAUAAUAAGCAAAAGAGGGAGAAGACUGAUGAGAGUCAGCAAACAACUACUGAUUUGCAGUCUAAUAUUGAACUCAUUUCCAAUUCAAUUUUGGAAUAUAUCCUUAUAAAACUAUAUAGUGUUAACACAAAUAGCAGCUUUGCAAAUUCUGGACUUAAAGCUGCCUCACAGUGUCUGGAAAUUGACAGCUUAUCAUUUACUUCAAUUAUUGAGGAAAUAGCUAAAUGUGCUGGCAUAAUCUCCAACUUGGUGUCCAGGAUAAUUCAGGAAGAUAAUAAAGAGAUGCCUAAUAAUAGGACAAAAACUGCUUCUCUGUUUUCCAAAACAAGGCUCAUAAGAGAAGUACAUCCAAAGAAACUGAAAGCUGUGACUUCAGAUAUUCUUAAUAUGGUUUUUGAUAAAUUGGAAGGAUUUGCCAAUGGAAAUUUAGAAACUCUGGGAAUUAUUAAUGAUGGAAAUAAAAAAAGUAUAAUGAUGGACCGGAAAUGUGAGAGUACCAGUUUUUCCACCGACGCACAUGAAGAACUAUUACAGUCUGCUUUGUACAUACAUGCAAAGAAGUUAUCACAUGCUCUUUUGAAGGAUAUUCAAGCUGAAUUAAAUAUGAACUCAUCAGAUUUGGAGACAAGUGUAAAAUGUCUACCACCUGAGAAACAAAUAAUAACAGACAUAGUCAAUGUAAUUUUAGAUGCAGUAUCCUCAGAUAUUUUUAAUGAAACUGAAACUGAAGAGAGAGGCAUUGAAACUUAUCGAUACAGGCCAACCUAUGGAAAUUAUCUUCCUGGAGGAGCUGAAUCAGAUUCAUUUCUAGAAGAUGCUACACAUACAGAGAAAGAAUUCCUUGGAGGAAGAACACCAUCAGUAGAAGAACCUAAAUCAGAUUCUCAAUGUGCUCUAGAAAAAACCUUAAAGAAAAUUGAAAUGGAACUCAAAGAACCACAGAAAUCUCCAAUUGUGCCCAUUAUCAAAAAUAUUUUGAAUGAAAUUUUUCAAAAUGCUUUAGUCACUCAAUUAAAAGUGCUUCCUUUUCCCCACUCUCCUUUAAGUAGUACUCCACAUGAUGCUGAUGAAGCUGUUGCUCAAACUUCUGUUCAAGUCACAGAAAAAAUGAUGUGUCCUUUAGUAUCAGAAGCAGAUGUAACCAUUGUUGCUCAUGAUGUUGUCAGAACUGUAUUUCAUAAGCUUUAUUCAGCAGCCAUGUUAGAGAGAAAUGAAAGUGAAAAUAGGUAUAAAACUAUUACCUUUUCAGCUAAUGUUUCUUUUCAUGAACAAACAAAUGGAGGAAAGUCCUCUUUUACUGUACUGGACAGAAAUUCAUGUACUCUCCAGUCUGGGUUCAGUGUUGAUAAACAAGCCAAAGUAAAUAUAGUUGCAGAUAUUAUGCAGACAGUAUUAACAAAUUUAGAAACUUUCACUACUUCCAAAGUAAAAUCUCUUGUUUGUCCUGAAGUCAGUUUUACAGUUCCGUUAAUGUUACCAAUUCAGCAAGAUAAGAGUGCAUUAAGCACAGUGUUAUCAACAGAAGAUUCAUGUUCUGAUGAUAAGUUUUUCUGUUGUUCGGUGGAUCAUAUUAAGUCAGGAAAAGCCAACUCCAUAUGUCAACUACCUUUGUCUAAAUUAAAUAUUUAUGCAACAGAAGUGGCUAGAAAAAUUUUACAAGGAAUCAAACAUGAGUUGGAAAAAGAAAUGGAAAGUCCUUUUUUAACGCAUAACAUUUUUGUUUCUGAAAGGAUUGCAAGUCAAGUUGUUAACACAGUGUUAGAUAUUGUAUCUUCUAAAGGCAAAUGUGAAAAAGCCAAUUCUAACAAAGAGAGUGAUUCAGGUCAGCAAGAAGGUAUUAUUGAAAAGCUGCUCAAUAAGACUGAAUAUCGAAAAGUGCUUCAACUCCAAAUACAAGAUACUGUAGAAAGUAUUUUAUGUGACAUUUAUGAAAAAACGCUGAAUCAAAAUAAUCUCUCACUUGCCAUAUCUACUCUGAAAUGUAAUCUAGUUGGUAACUAUUCAGAAGCAAAUUCUGAAGUGUUCAUUGAGAGUGAAAAUAGAGUUAUUCCAAAACUUUCAGUUCCUAAAUCAGAUGCUGUUAAGAUAUCUCAUGAUAUAGUGAAUAUUGUCCUUCAUAAUCUCAAUUCUGCUGUUAUGCUAGGCAUAAAUACAAAUAAUUCUACUUCUGCAAGAUUGCCCCCGACCUUUUGUGAUAUGCCUCCAAAAGCAGAGUGUCAACAACAUAUUCUUGUGGACUUUACAAGUGAAAGAAAAACAGGAGGUUUUCCAUUUUCAGGAAGUCUGAAAUCAUCUUAUGCUACCGUUAAUCAGACAACUGUUGUAGAGAAAGAAGAUAGCACGAAAUCUCCUCCUGACGCCUAUGAGGAAAAUGCUAACUUCAUUACUAAAACUAUUUUCAAUAGGUUGGAAUCCUUUGCCACAGAAAGAAUAGACUCAUUAAUUACUCUUGCUUUCCACCUUAAAGAAAAGUCGUUUGUUAACACAGAAUUGAAAAAUUGUAAAGAAGAUAACAGAGUCUUUUAUGUAUCAAGCCAGGAUGAAUCAGGUGGAACCACUUUCAGUAAAGAGUUGAUAGACUCCACUUUUGCCAGUGACAAAGGAAAACAUGGAUCCACAACUCAUCUAUCAAAAUCUAGUCUUAAGGAAUAUGCUGACAUUAUUGCCAGUACCAUUUUGAAGCUUAUUAAAAGUGACUUAGACCUAGAAAUCCAAAGGAUGUAUCCAUAUUCAAACAAUAUUUCAUUACAGGAAAAUAUUGUGAGUGAAAUUGUCAACAGUACCUUAAAGAUUUUAUAUGAUAAAAGAUCUGCAAAGGAAAUUAGUUUUUACUUAAAACAGAAAACAAAUUCAUUUUCGCAACUAACUAUAUCAAAUGAAAUCUUGUUGCAACAAGAAAGGAAGACAGACAACACUGAACUAUCCCAAUUUUCAAACUAUCCAUUGGGAGAAAACCAAAUAACCUCAGAGAAGGAAAACCAGAGAAUGGUUUUGGAAGAAAUAUUUAUGAGAAAUGAAGAAUCAAGACAGAAAGAAAAAACUGCAUUGAUCAGUUCCAUCGAAGAAAUAUUAAAUAAGGUAUAUCAAAGAAGCAUAGAUCAUUUGUCUCCAUUUAAUGAAACCCUCAACUUCAUAUCUAAUUCUAAAAUUAAAACAUCACAUGUAGCACAGAAAAACUUUUCUCAAGCAUGUAUUAACACUGAAGCAACUGAUAUAGUUGAAACUGUUUUGGAGAAAAUGUACUGUGUAGUUGUGGAAUGCUUGUGUGAAAGUACUGAAAAGAGAGAAGCAGAAGCAUCUGACAGUGACGCAUUGCCAGUGAAACCGCCAUGCUUCAGAACUACACAAGCAGGAAAAGGAAAUGCUCCCCCUAGAUCUGUUAUACCACAGGGGCAUCCUUCAACAAGUAAUCAAAAUAUCUCUUUCAUGGAAAAUAUCAUUUUGCAAUAUCCUCCACUGCAAGUGGGGAAAGAUUUAGUCCAAGUGGUUGUCAAUAAGAUCAAACAUUUUGCCUCACUGCAUCUAGAAGAUAGCUCAUCUCCUGAAGCUUGUUCUGAAGACAUGCAAUCUCAGAAAUUACACAGUUAUAAAGUCAGUCCUAAGGGCAGUCUUAAAUCAGGUCUCAAAGCGAAUUUAAAAGCAAGAUCAAAAAUUACCUCAUCACCUAAAUUGAGAACAAAACCACACCUAGGACCUAGUGGUGUUAAGGCCAAAAAUAAGACAAAAGUAUGUCCUGGUGAGAAGACUCCAAGAUGUAGCCGACCCAAGACUACCAUUGGGCUGCCACACAUCCUUUCAAGAGGAGAUGCCAAAAACAUAUUGGAAGUAAAAUUACCUACUUCAGAACUAAAAAUGUAUUCCAAAGACAUAAUAAGCAAUGUCCUGGAAACAAUUAUGGAAGUAGUUGAAGAGGUGAAGCAAAAUCAAGUAAUAAUAAAUACAGAAGUUUUACCAUCUGAUCAAAUCAUGGUAGCAAGUGAAAUAGUUAAUAAAGUUUUGCAAGGAUUAUAUGCUACAGAUAAAGACACGUUGACUUAUCCAAUCAAAUACUCACAUCUGGAUGGUCUCAAAUGUUCACGAGGAAAUACAGAUGCAGGGUGCUUUGCCAAACCCGAAGCAUGUUUUUUCUUAGAGAAUGUUUCUUCACAACUAGAACAGAUUUUUCCUAAAGAAGGUAUAUUUAAAAAAAUGUUUGACAAAUGGCAAACAGAACCAAAUGACACAGACAAUGAAAAAUAUAAGCUAUUGAUGGUAGCUGAGAAUGUUUUAACUGAAGUUUCAGUACAGGCAAAAGAAUUAGAAUAUUCUCUCUCAUUUUUAAAUUUGCCACUUCUUGAGGCUUGUGAAAGCAGGUUCUAUAGUCAUUCUAAAGGAGCUUCUACUAGAGCUGAGAAUCCCAAAGCACAAAUUAAUAUGUUUGGAAGGGAAAUUGUUGAAAUGCUAUUUGAAAAAUUACAGGUGUGCUUCUUGACCCAGAUGUCCACCCUAGACAGUAAAGAAACUCCAGCAAGCAGGAAAGAACACAUUAGUGCUAAGGCUACAUAUAAUUCUGCAACAAGCCAUAUCCCUAGCAAUGUAACAAUGUAUAGCACCAGGUCAAAAGACCAAAAUUUUUUGGGCUCUAGCAACAGAAUUGUUCGACAGAUUGUUGAAAGGGUUUUGAACAUGUUAGAGUCAUUUGUGGACUUGCAGUUUAAACAUAUCUCUAAAUAUGAAUUUUCUGAAAUAGUGAAAAUGCCUAUAGAAAACUUUUUUCCUGUCCAACAGGAACUAUUAAGCAAAAAGAUAUUGCCAAAAUUACAACCACUGAAAAAGUUUUCUGAUGAAUCCAAGUCAAAUACUUUUAUAUCAAAAGAACAUAUAGAGAAUACCUUUCUACAGGUUCAUUCAUUCCACUCACAAUUACUUACAUAUGCUUCUAAUAUUGUCUGUGACAUGCUUGGCAUAAUUAAGAACAAACUGGACAAAGAAAUAAGCCAAGUGGAACCAACUUUAGCUGAUGUAUCAAAAGAGAACAUUGUAGCGAGUGAAAUCAUUGGGACACUGAUAAACCAGUGUACUCAUUUCAGUGAGUCUUUGAUGGAAAACCUUCCAAAGGAAAGUUUGUUGCAGGGAGUUGAAAAUGUCUACAUUGUUAACCAGGUUGAAUUAUCAAGUAAUAUGAAAAUGCCCACAUCAAAACUACAGGAAACUAGUUUCAGGAAUAACCAUACACAAGUCAGUAUACCUGGCUGGGUAUUUUAUUCAGAGGAAGACACAAAAAAGCAGUGUAGAGCUUCAUCAAAUCUACCCUCGUAUGUCAGAUAUGUAGGAGACACAAUUAAAAGCUCAGAGCUAAUGGCAAGGCCUGAUUCAGAAGCUAUACCAUCAUCCUCUAGGAACAAAGUACAAGGCCCAAGGAAACCUAACUAUGGCCAUUUUGAUCAAGACAUAAAAGAAAAUAACCCUUUCCCUGAAGGCAGUGUUUUACAAAAGCUAUUUAACAAAGCAAAUGACUCUACAGAAACAGCCUCAAAGCAAGCCACGUCUUUCAUAGAAAUGGGAAAAGGUGAAAAUCCAAGAGUGUUUCAUUAUGAAACCCUAGAUCCAGUUGUUGAGCCAACCGAAAUUCCAACCACCGUUUCUCCGCUCAAAAUAUGUUUAGCCGCAGAAAAUAUUGUGAAUACUGUCUUGUCAAGCUAUGGUUUUCCAAGUCAGCCAUACACUAAUGAAAGCAUGGAAGCCAUGAAACCAUUUUUCAUAUCACAGCAAAGCCCUUUGUCUAUAAUAUCUAAGGAAGAAAAGAAUGAGGAAAAAAGUUUGCUUAGAACGUGGGAUAAAAAAAUCAGCUGUAUUGCGGAAGAAGAAGAUAAAAACCCUGAAGCCAGCGGAGGAGAUUCUCCUUUAUUGCAAAAAUGGAAAAACAGAUCCCCAAAGAUAAAGAAAAUGGAGACUCUGGAAGAAGUUGAAGUCAUUGCUUUUGCUGAUCAUGAGCUGGGUCCAAACGAAAUUCAUUUUGUAGCAAGACAUGUCACCAGGUCUGUGGUCACAUAUUUCAAGAACUUUGAAACUAGAGUUUCCAGUGAAGAGACGCUGCAUAUUGUUUCUACAUUGUCAAGGAAAAACCAUGAAUCAAAGCAGCCUCUAAGAAGCAGACACAAUGAUUCUUCACUUAAUCAAUUUUGUGAACAUCUCAGUGAGUUGGUCAUUUACCAUAUAAUUUCAAGGAUUUUUGAUGGCACCACGGAAGACAAAGAAAAAGUGAAAGUAUUGGAAAACCAAGAUGCAGCAUUUAACAAGAUUGUUUCAAUUCAUUCACAAAUAUUUGAGAACAGGUCCAUUUCCAUUGGAGAACUUGCUUUAAGAAUUUCUGAAAUCAUUAUUCGAAUCCUUUCUAAUAGUAAUAUUAUAAAGGCUAACAUUGUACAGCAAAUGACUUCUAUGCAAACAAAAUACAUUUACUGCCCAGAAGUAGCUGCUGCUGACUUUGAUGACCUCUUUCAGGAUCUCUUAGUAGGAGUGAUUCAUAUACUAUCCAAAGAAAUUGGAAUAAAUCAUCACCUUGAAAGCAAUGGAAGAAACAAAUCACGUUCUAUGCUUAGAGGUCAAAGAGUGCCCAUUUGCAACAAAACCAAUGCCAUGGGAAGACAGAUGGAUCUCAGAGAUUCCAAAUCAUCUACUCAUCAAAUUGAUCAAGUCCUUCAGAAAAAUAAAUUAAAUUAUCUGGCAUGUAAGUUAGGCAGUUUGGUUGGUAGCUUAAAAACUCAUGAAUCCAAAGAAGUAGUCAACAAAGUUUUUAAUAUUGUUUUGGAUGUGUUUUUGCCAGAUGAAUGCUCAGAUGUGCCUAUGGAUUCUGGAAAAAUAGCAAGGCAGUUUUACCCAUCCUCAAAUAAUAAGGAAAGUAACAACACAUAUGGAAAUAAUUUAGGGCUCUCACCAAAAUCUGUUUUUCUUCUUAAUGUUGUGUGUGAGAAACUUAUUAGAACACUUUUGGAAAAAUAUACACAUACUAGCUACCUUGAUAAUAAUGACCCUCUUUCUGAAGAAAUAACAGAAGAACAUCAACUUUUAAAAAUACUUCAAAGCAUAGGAGAUGAAGAGUUUGAUUUUUGCAAAGGAGCAUUGGACUGUCACUCACUUCAAGGAGAUUACAUUUCAGACCUUUCAGAAAACCUGGCAGAAAUAGACCAAGACUUACUGUCAUCAGACUCUAUGCUUACUAUUAUUUCCCACAGCUUGGUUAAAUCAUUGAUGGAAAAACUAUCUCACAGUAUACAACAUACCUCUGAAAAUCUUCCUUUUACAAACAAGCAUUUGAAGCAUAGAACAAGAGAAAUACAGUCUACUUUCACAAAAGCCAAUAGUCCCGAAUUCACAGAGUUAAGACGAGAAAAGGGCUCCUUAAGAUUUAUGAGAUAUGACAAUAAUCCUUUGAAAAGAUCUCUGAGUAAUCCCAGUAUAGUUGGAUCCAAGAUACAAGCACCUUUUGGAAAACAAUUUUCAGUAAAAUCUUCUGUGUCACCUUUUAAAAGACAGAAAGCAAAAGAAAUGGAUACAACAGCCAUCAAUGACAUGCUACAUCCAAGAGGCAUGAAUAUGGGUGUUUAUUCAGCCACAUUUCUGGAGGAAAUAAUUUCAGAAUUAUUUUUUAAUCUCUCUACUUCAUUGUGGGGUGAAAAUGAAAACAUCACUGAGGCCUGGCUCAAUGAGAUGAAUAUAUUAUUUAUCAAUUCUGUGGUGAAUGAAUUUAAUGCCCAGGUCACUGUUUUACAGAAUGCUGAAGAAAGGCUGUGUUUUCCACCAGUUCAUAAGGAAACUGUAGCUAAGAUUGUUGACUCAGUUUAUCAUGAUGUUUUACAGCACUAUAAAUCAAAAGUGACCUGUGGUAAUAAUCUGGCACAUGACAGUACCUCAAUAGCGGAACAAAUAACUAAGAGCAUACUGCUAGAGAUUUUAGACUACCAACUCCCAUCUCACUUCAGGAGGAAGCUCAUGCCUAAUUCACAUCAACUUCUCAAAGCUGAAAUUAUACUGCAGAAACUUCAAAGUAACCUGAGAGAAUUUACUUCCCAGCCCAGCUUUUCAAUAGGAUACAGAACCAUAUUAUCACACUCAUUUUUAGAAGAUGUUAUUAAAAGGCUUUUAUCUCAGCUCAUUCCUCCACCAAGUGAGUCUUCCUCUUUGGGGAAGAAAUACUUAAAGAGUUCAGAUUUUAAUGAAAUGUCCACCUGUAUAGUAAAUAAGGUUAUGUCAGCCAUCUCCAAGCAUAAAAUUUGGUUUACUAUAUAUGAUAAUCAUUAUCUGUACACAGGAAAAAACCUCCAGAAGAUGGUGGAUUCUGUUUAUAGUAAUAUUUUGCAAAUGUCUAACUCUAUUGUUUCAAUACAGAAAAGUAUAGUGAGCCAAAGCCCAGUUAUAGUAGACCAAAUAGCCAGUUGUAUUAUCCAAGAAAUUAUUGAAAAUCAUCUUCACCCUUUUCUGUGUGGAGAGAGUUCACCUCAUCCGAAUGCUCCAUUGGAUGAAAUAUCUAAAAUGGUUAAACAUGUUCUCAGUGAUGUCACAGACUCAAACAGAUUCCAAAAGCUAUCACCCUUAGCUAUUAACCCUGAUGCAUUUGUAGGGGAAAUUGUUGCCAGACUUUUAUCUAAGAUCUUCAUUCCAAAGUUUAAUACUGAAGUUGAGCUGGAAAAAAUGACCCAAAAAAUAAUAAACUCAAUAAAUAACCAUUUUGCCAAAGCAAAAAUUCACACUCUAUAUGACAAAGAGCUAUCUGAUCCUUCUGUAGAUACAGAUAUUGUGGAUAAACUUGUCACUUCAGUUUAUAGAAAUGUUUUAAAACAGCAUGGACUAGAUCUUGAGGUUGUUAAAGACUCUAAAGACAGUGAUAUUUUUGUGGAAAAUAUUACCAAUCUAAUUGUGGCAGCUAUUUCAGAUUACUUUCUUCAUCCACUCCUUUCUGGGGAUUUGUCAGAUUCUUCUUAUUCUUCAUCAGUGGCUGAGAAUAUUGUUCAGGACAUCCUCAGUGGCAUCAGUACAUCUACCAAGGCAAGCCAGAGUUUAUCUCCAUAUAACACCUUGCUUCCAUACACAUUUUUAGAGGAUUUGACCAGAAUGCUAUUAUCUAGGAUCUUUCCUUCCACAUCUAGCUUGGUUCCAAGCAGAGAAACCCCAAAAGAUGGAUCAGGAGUGAAAUUCAAUGCAAUUGCCUCAAAGCUAAUCAGUGAUAUUAGGAUGAAAAUUUCUCAACAUGAAAUUCUUUUUUCAAAAGAUGAACAGGAAACCAAAUUUGUUUAUUCAGAGGAUGAUAUUCAGCAUCUUGUUGAUUCAGUAUUUAAAAAUAUUUUGCAAAACUCUAGUACUCAGGAAUCAGUUGAGCAAAAUAUCACAAACAGCAAUGAUGUUCUUAUUGAUAGAAUAGCAGGUUAUAUCAUUAAAUAUAUCUGUGAGCAACAUCUUCAGCCAUUUGUAGAUGGGAAAUCAUUAACAUCUUCAUCAUGCACAUAUUUUGAUGAUGAGAGAAGGCAGUUGUUUUAUACUAGUGUUUAUUCUUCAAAUUUUCUGGAAGAUGUGAUAUCUGGGGUUUUAAACAAAAUAUUCCACAGGUUGUUAGGAAUUGUGCCAACAAAAUCAGUAAGAGAUUCAGGAGAGGAACUGUUGGAUACAGCUGAAAAACUAAUACCUCUAAUAAUAGAGGAAUUCUCAGAAGCCCAAGUUAGCAUCCUAGAAAAUGCUGAGGAUCAGUUUGGUUUGCCUCCAGUUGAAAGAGAUACAGUCAUAAAAAUUAUUGACAUAGUGUAUGACAAAUUUUUGCAAGAAUAUGAAAUGGAAAUAAUGCCCAAUAAAGAUUUUCUAAGUGACACAAAGACACUGGCUGCAAGGAUAACUAGAAUAAUCUUGGCUGAAAUUUUUGAUUUCCAAAUUCACCCAGGUUUUAUAGCAAAACUGCCUUUUAAGUCACAUUCCAAACUCAGUGCUGAUGUUUUGAUAAAGAGAAUUAUGUAUGAUUUUAGUAAAUCAAGACUCCGAAGACAGGUUUCAACAACAUACACAACUAUGCUAUCACAUACUCAUUUGGAAAAAAUUGUCACUCAGAUUAUAUCUCAGAUUAGUCCUUUCAUUUCCAGUGCAGAAAAGCCAGUUACUACUCAAUCGGACUUAAGUCAUACUGUCAUGGAAGUGAUAAAGGAAAUUAUGUCAAUAAUUUCAAAACAUGCAAUAUGUAUUAUUAAAGAUGGGAAUGAAAAACAAAAUAUUAUUUCCGAAAAAGAUAUCUGCUCUAUGGUUGAUUCCAUAUAUGCUGAUCUUUCAUACUCGAAUCUGUAUCAGUCUCUUACAAAAGAUGAAAAAGGCAUAAGUAACAUACCAGUUUCAAAAAUAGCAAGUUUUAUAAUAAAGGAAAUCUUUAAUCAUCAUCUACAGUCAUUUUUAUCUGGAGACAAAACUCACCUUUCAGCUGCAGUUGAUCAAACUUAUAAACCUGAAGCAAUAGGUUCUGAACAAAAAGAAUUGUCUUUCAUUGUGAACUCAGCUAUCUUUAUGGAAGAUGUAAUUUCUGAGCUUUUAUGCAAACUCCUUUAUGCAUUCUCACACAAUGUCUUGGUUGCUGAAAAUCCAGAUAAAGUAAAAGCUGAAACUACUGGCAUUGUUACAACAUUAGUGAAAGCAAUUGUUCUGGAGUUCACCACUUCAGAGAUUUUACUUGCAGAUAACAUUGAUAAAAAUCUGUGUUUUUCAGAAGGAUAUAAAAAAAUGGUUCAAAACACAGUCAGCUUAAUUUAUGAAAAAAUAUUAGAUGAAUAUAAAUCUCUGAUUCAUGUAUAUAGGGCUAUUCAAAAUGACACUAUGCAUUUUGGAAGGGAAAUAUACCAUUUACUCUUGGGAGAAAUUUAUGAUUACCAGGUACAAUCAUUAAUUUCAGGAGAAUUAUUGUAUUCUUCCUAUUCUUUCCCACGAGCAGAUAAUAUCAUCAGAAAAGUACUGGAUACCAUCGUGGAGGAUAACCAUACCUUGCCAUCAUGUAUUACUGUGUUGCCUCGUUCCCUUUUAGAAGAUAUGAUUUACAAGCUUCUUGUGCAUAUCUUCCCAUUACCUGACCCUAAAAAUGACCUAAAAGACAAAGAGGUCCCAUCAGAUUAUGAAUUUGUAGAUGCAACUUCUAAAUUGACUGAUGAAAUUAUAAAAGAAAUUUCUGAACAUGAGAUUCGGCUUGCCACAGCAGAAGAGAAUGUAGAAAGUAUGCAAUUAGAAGCAAUUGAAAAUUUGAUUGAUUCCAUAUGUAACAACAUUUUGAAAAAAUCUGAAUUCCAAGCUCAAGUACAGAAAGAUACACCCAAAAAAGAAGGCUCAUUUCUCAGUAAAAUAGCUGGCCUGAUUAUAAAGGAAAUCAUGGAUCAUCAUCUGCAGCCGUUUUUGCAUGGUGAAGAUUCAUCUUCCAGUGACUUAUUUGGUGGUGACGAUGUUUCAGUAUGCACUAAACCUGGUAAAGAAAAGACACAAACUUCCCUAUAUUCAGCUACAUUUUUGGAGGAUGUAAUUGUUGACCUUGUGCGCAAAUUUUAUUCUCUUCCAAGUGUUGAAGGUUCUAAGAAAAAAGAAAUGCCAAAACCAGACAUUGUAAGCUUGGCUAUAAAGUUUGCAAACUCUCUGAUAAGGGAAUUUAGCAAAAGUGAAAUUAAAGUUCUGCAAAAUGCUGAAGAAAUACUUUCUUUUCCGCCAAUUGAUAAAGAAACUGUUGAUAAAAUAUCAAAUUUUGUGUAUGAUCAGUUCAUAGUAAAAUAUGGGUCUAAUGAUAUUCAGAAAGAUGAUGAAAGUCACAUUUUCAUAGAAAUUAUUUCUUCUUUAGCCCAGAACGCAAUCUCUGCUUUCAAGAUUCAACCACUUUUUUCAGGAGAUUGGUCUUCCACCUUUUUUUCAUUUCUAAAUCCAGAUAACAUCACCCAAAGAGUUCAACAUCUACCACAAGAAAACUCUACACAGAUAAGCGGGUGCUUGAAAGGGAAUCAAAUUACUUUACCACAAGAGUCAUGUAAACAAGUUUCUCCAGCCUCAGACCAGAAAAAUACAAUGGAUACUUUGGAAAUAGAUAGAGAUGAAAUGAGUGGAAACAGAAGUUUCAACAAAGAGGAGAAAUCAAGGAGAAAAGUUGCCACUCCUCAUCCAAUAGCUACCUCUAAAACCAGCAUUGUGAAAAGUAGCAUGGUUAAGCAGGCAUCAGAGGCAGCUUCAGGUGGGGCAAAUAAAGAGAUGGAGAAAGAAAACAAAAUGCAAAGUGCAAUUCAAAUAUAUGAUGGGUUGAUAGUUACUUCUCCAACUAUCAGUAUGAAAAGUAAGGGUUUUCAGGAGCCAGAUUUGAGUGUAGCACUUAAAAAUAAUGAAGUAGAGCAGAAAAGCAUAUCAGCUACAAAAGAUGAGCAAAGGCCUGGUGAUGAGGUACACACACACAUUUCAGUAGUUACUGAUGUUACAAAAUACGAAAAGAGAGUGCCAAGAUUAGAUUUUGAAAUCGAUGAUGAAAAGAAGAGUACCCAAAAUAAAGAAAGUUCACUACAAAAUGAUAGCAAGCCUUUUGCAAUAUCUUUGCUGUCCAGAGCAAGAAAUGUGGAGGCCACAACAGAGAAAACUCUGAAAAUUGUCAUCCAAAAGCCAACUCAAAUCCUUAUGAAUGAGGAACAAUACUUCGAUUAUGAAUGUGUUAAAAAUGUCACUGCAAAUAUUUAUGAAAAUAUUUUGGAAACACCUUUCCAGGAACCAGAAAGUGGUUCAAAAUUCCAAACUUCCCCAGGUGAUAAAGCAUUGCAUGUAAUUCAAACGGUUGGCAACUAUUCUUUACCAUCUCUUUCAGCGGUAUCCUCUAUUAACAAAAAAGUCCCCACCAAGGAGAAAGAGCAACAGAAGGAGGAAGUCAAAGAGAUUAAAAGUGAACCUGGUAAACCAGACAGUUCUCAGUCCUCACCAGAAAAUAGACCUAGAAUUUUUCCUGCUAAAUUUUUAGAAGAUGUUGUUACUGAAAUGAUUAACAAAUUGAUCUUUUGCUACCGACAGGAAACACAAACCUUUGAUAGUUGCCAAAAUGUAACUGGUAAUGAAAAUCAAGCUGAACUCUAUAACACAGCUAUGAAACUGAUUGACUCACUCUUGAAGGAAUUUUCAGAUGCUCAAAUUAAAGUAUUUAGGCCAGAUAAGGGAAAUCAGUUUUCCCCUUGUGCAGAUGAAGUCUCCUCAGGUCCUAAAAUGCCUCCCAGGCAAAAAGAACCAACUUCAGAUGAAGCAUCAUCCAGCAUUAAGAUGAUAACUGUGGAUAAAAUACAACCUGUGCAUAAAAUAACUAAAAAAUCCUCUUCAAAUAAAGUAUCCUUUCUAGAUAAAAUGCCAGCACUCGAUAAAACAUUAGUCAAUAAAAUUGUUCACUCUUCCAUAUGCAAUAUUUUGCAUGAAUAUAGAUCCCAAGACUCCAUUUGUAAGAACAUAAACUCUAAUAGGGAACGUUUAGCAAGAAGGCUAACAACUGCAGUGAUAAAUGAAAUUUUUCAUCAUCAGCUUAACUUGAUAUUUGGUAAUGAGGUUCCAGCUUCAGCAUGUUUGCCUCUGCAAUCUAAGGAUGUUGUUAAAAAGAUCCAAAAGGUGGCCCAAACAGCCAACAAAGAAUGUCAAACAUCAUCGCCAUAUACCAUAAUGCUGCCUCAUAAAUUUUUAGAGAAUGUGAUUUCUUCUCUUUUAUCUAAAAUUUUCUUUACAGAAUCAAACACCAAAGCAGAAACCUCUGAGGACAGUUCUUACACAGAAUUGGAUUUUCUUCAAAGGAAAUUAGUUAGUAUAGUUAUGACAGAGAUCUCCAAAGAUGAAGAUAUGGUUAUACAGUAUACAGAAUCCUUACAUCCUAAUGAUGAUGAAAUUAUUCAAUUAGUGGUUCAGUCUAUUUAUAAUAAUCUCUUGCCACAGUUUGGAUCUCAAGAGAUUAUACAAAAUUGUGUAGCCAGUGGAUGCAGAAUGCUUUCGGAAGCCAUAGUUGACUUAGUGCUACGAGAGGUGGCUGGCAAUCAGUUGCAGAACUAUUUUUCUGGAGAGCUAACUCCACAUCAGUGUGCACAAGUUGACAGCAUUGUUGAAAAUAUCCUUAAAAACGUCACCCAAACUACUGAUGUUCCCCAGCCUCAACCAUCACAUGCUUAUACACUGUCUUAUAAUAUAGUAGAAGAAAUUGCUGUAAAAUUUCUAUCAAAGCUUUUAUCUAUGUUUCCAAAAGUGAAUAAGGGAAGAACCAAAUCUCCAGAAACUGAAAUGCAAAAAAUAACCUCCAAAAUCUUAAAUUCAGUCCAGGAAUUUAUAUCCAAAAGUCAGAUUAAACUUGUAGCUCCAACCAAGGAAUCACCUUCUAUACCUUCUGCUGAUAAGGCAACUAUUGAAAAGGUAGUUAAUUCUGUUUAUACCACUGUUUUAAAGCACUCUGGCUCACAUACUUCCAUAUUUAAAGAUUUGAUGAGUAAGAGUAAUAUCCUAUCUGAUAUAAUAGGUUUUUUAAUGGUGAAGGAAAUUUCCAAUUCAGAAUUUCAACCUCAGGUAAAGGAAGAAGUAUCAAAUUCAGAAUUAGUUCUAGAAGCUGUAAAAAUUAUGGAAAAAGUGGUUAAAAUUAUUGAUGAAUUGAAGUCCCAGGAAAAAUCUUCAUCUAAAAAAUGUUUUGCAUUAGAUGCUGCAUUUUUAGAGGAAGCAUUGGCCUUGUUCUUGGCUAAAAUAGUAAGGUUGCCAAGUACCUCAAAAGAGAAGAAAAAAAGCUUAUCAAGGCCUGAAUUAAAUAAAAUUGCAUCCCAACUGACAAAAUCUGUAACAGCUGAAAUUUCUAAUAGUAACAUUAAUCUUGUAGCUGCUAACCCUGAAGAACACUUUUUAAAUCCAGAAAGUAUAGAGAUGGUUUCUCAGGUUGUUGAAUCUGUUUACAGUGAUGUAUUAAAACAAUCUGGAACUCAGGAAAACCUUUAUUAUGAUAUAAAAGGUACAAACAAACUCUUCCCUGAGAAGGUGGCUAGUUUAAUUAUUAAUAGUGUUUCAAAUUUUUCUUUAAAUAAAAUUAGCUCAGAGAGUUCGAAUGGUGAUCUCUUUGGAGAUCUGGACACUGACCGAAUUGUUCAAAAGGCACAAGAACAUGCUGUUAGCAUUGUUGCUGACAUAGAGAAAGAAGAGUUAGUUGAAGAUUCAACUGAAGAGAAACUUUCGGUCAAAAUAGUUCCACACAUUAGGAAUAAACCAAUCAACAUAGAUCCAGACAUUAUUUCAGAACACUUAGCAGUCAUUUCUGUAAAAACUCAACCUCUUGAGAAGCUUAAGAUGGAGUGUUUAAGAAAAACUGGGCAUAGCAUACAAGAACUGAGAAAAGCAUCAAUAAGUGGGAGAAGUUAUUCCUCAUCAGAAACAUCCGAUGGAGAAAGGAAAAAGAAAGAAAGACGUAUCUCACUGAACAGGAUAGGACGACUGGAUGUAAAGCCUUUUGAGGCUGUUGGCAGAAAUUCCUUUCAAAAUAUACGAAAACCUGAUCUUACAAAGGUGGAGCUUUUGAAAGAUGUUCAGAGCAAACAAGAUCUUAUAAUUCGAUUAGUAGCUCAUGAUAUUGAUCAAAAAGAUUCAGAAAGUAACAUAGAAGAGGGACUAAUUUCUGAUGAAGAAGAAGUUGUUUUAGGAGCGGUACAAGGAGGACUCUUAGAAGAAAAUGUUGAAGAUCAAGUAAAAGAAGUCAUGAAGCCAGAAAUCAAAGUUGUUUCUCCCAAACCAACAUUAAGCACAAACAGCCUGAGAAAAUUUUUGUCGCUAAGCAAAUGUUGUCAGCCCACAUCCAAUGCAAAUACCAAAAGUAGUGAAGCAACCUCAAGUUCUGUAACAGAAUCUAAGGAGCAACAAGUUAGAAAAGCUGUUGCUGAGCUUAAUGUGGCCACCUGCUCAACACCUUUGACUGAAGCACAUUCUUCUCUUGUGGAGAAAAAGCCACAGCAUAUUAAAGAAGAAAGAAGUCUUUUAAAUGAACCGACACAUUACUUCAUACACAGAAUUAUGAGUUCAUCUUCAUACAACCAAGAAGACCUGAUUUCAUCUGCCGGUGAAACUGAAGAUUUUACCACAGAUCAACGUGCUAAAAUAUUAGAAGACGAUUCCUGGGAACCAAUGCUAGAGAAUACAAGCAGUGUUAAGUUUUACAGCAUCUAUGACGGACACCCCAGUAUUAUUGGCAGUGAACAUCCUUCAAAGGAAGUCGUUUCUGAAACUACCAAGUCUAAUGUUGCCACACAAGGAUCUAAAAUGCUGGCGAAGGUAUCUUCAGCUCUGUCAAAGGUGUUUUCCCGGUCUAACAAUAUUUCCACAUCUUCCUUACAACCUCACCAGAAAGAGCCCUAA